UAUCUUCCUCGGUCCUCCUUCACUCAGCGCACUACAGGAUUCAGACUACAGCAGCUUCACAAGAAACUGAACUCGAUACUGUACUGUACACACACACACACACACUGCAACUGAAGAGCAACAAGGCAUUUCAGCAGCAGCGGGUGUUUUCCACAUGAACACUAAACGGCAGACAGCCGGUGCCGGACGCCAAAGUGUGUCGCGUGUUUAGGACAACUGUGGACUACCGGCGACUUCUCUGGUUUCUGCCUUUGGUUUCUUUCAGUCAUAAAUCGAUUGUGUGAAGAAGAAUAUGAAGAUGUCUCCCCCAGACCGGAGGAAAUACGCGCGUGAGCUGGCGCUGGAGAUCGCCGUCAGACUCCUGCUCUUCGGAGUUUUCGUGUUCACAGAGUUCCUGGAGCCUUUCGAAAGAGUUAUCCAACCUGAAGAACUAUGGCUUUACAAGAACCCUCUGGUGGAAUCAGACCACAUCCCGAAGAGAGUCAUGUUUGCAAUUUCAUUCCUCACCCCGUUGGCUGUGAUAUUCGUGGUGAAGAUUAUACAGAGGACAGACAAGACAGAAAUUAAAGAGGCUUGUUUAGCGGUAUCUCUCGCACUAGCUUUGAACGGCGUCUUCACAAAUACCAUCAAGUUGAUAGUUGGCAGGCCAAGGCCAGACUACUUCCACCGCUGUUUCCCUGAUGGUCAAAUGAAUGCCAAGAUGCUGUGUACUGGAGAGCCAGACCUAGUGUCUGAGGGUCGGAAGAGUUUUCCCAGCAGCCAUUCCUCCUUUGCUUUCUCUGGCCUGGGCUUUACCUCAUUUUACUUGGCGGGGAAGUUGCAGUGCUUCACAGAUGCUGGACGCGGGCGCAGCUGGCGUCUCUGUGCCAUGGUCCUGCCCCUCUACAGUGCCAUGAUGAUCGCGCUGUCCCGCACCUGCGAUUACAAGCAUCACUGGCAAGAUGCAUUUGUUGGGGGAGUGAUCGGCCUCUUCUUUGCCUACGUCUGUUAUCGGCAGCACUACCCACCCUUCCUCCACACAGACUGCCACCUGCCAUACGCUAGUCUGGCUGUAGCGACCGCCCACAACAUGCCAACCUCCCAGGAUCAACCUCUGCCCACUGAUAAUGCCACCAGUCUGCCUCUGGAGGGCAUGACCGAGGGACCAGUAUGACUAAUAGAGACCCACGGAGGCUCACAAUCCUCUGACCCCCUACCACACCGACGUGGUAUGAACCACACUUGACUGACACUUGCACAUUCCAAUGAAUUGGACCAUCCCAUUUCAUGUAGUUUCUUUUCUACUUCUUCUUUU